AUGUCAUCCUUCAGAACGUCGAGGACAGCGCUCCGCGCCAUUGCGCGCUCCACGAGGCAAAUCAGAUCGGCCCCCGCCGCGCAGCGAUCGAGACAUUUCGCGAGCCAUCACCCCUCCAGCCUGCCCGCGGCCGUAUCCUCCGGCCUUCUGCAGCAGAGUCGACUGCCUCGCAGUCCGACGCACCAGCAGCCCCAACAAAGACAAUCGCCCUUCGCCGGGCGUCAGGGCGCCGUCCGCACAAUCUUCAUACAGACGGAGUCGACCCCGAACCCGGACGCCAUCAAAUUCCUCCCGAACCACCGCAUCCUCCCCGAGACGAUCUCGAGCCCCUUCAUCGAGUACAUGAACCCGCGCUCGACCAUCGCACCGCCGUACCCCUCCCCGCUGGCCGCCCAGCUGAUGAACAUUGACGGCGUCACCUCCGUCUUCUACGGCGCCGACUUCAUCACGGUGACCAAGGCCGCCGAUGCUAAUUGGGCACACAUCCGUCCCGAGAUCUUUGCGCUCAUCACCGAGGCCAUCACUUCUGGCCAGACGAUCGUCAACGUCGUGGAAAAGAAGGACGGCGCCGCGGCGCCCGAGGCCGAGGAGGAGGACAGUCUCGCGUACGACGAGAACGACAGCGAGGUGGUCGGUAUGAUCAAGGAGUUGCUCGAGACGAGGAUACGACCCGCAAUUCAGGAGGACGGUGGCGACAUUGACUUCCGUGGCUUCACGGACGAGGGCGUCGUUCUGCUGAAGCUUCGCGGUGCCUGCCGCACGUGCGACUCCAGUACCGCCACCCUGAAGAACGGCAUCGAGAGUAUGCUGAUGCACUACAUUGAGGAAGUCAAGGGUGUCGAGCAGAUCAUGGACGAGGAAGAAGAGGUUGCCCUCAAGGAGUUUGCCAAGUUCGAGGAGAAGCUCAAGGCGCAAAAGGGCGUCGAGGCCAUCGCCUAA